ACGCGUAUCGACUGGAUGCGUCUGCGCACGCCUAGGAAGCGAAGGGGAUAAAUAGCGCACGCGCGCCUUUCUACUUCCCUUCUACAUCGGCUCGGAGACAAAAUGUCCCACCGCAAGUUUUCAGCUCCCAGGCAUGGGUCUUUGGGCUUUCUGCCUCGCAAGCGUAGCCGUCGGCACAGAGGCAAGGUGAAGAGCUUUCCUAAAGAUGACCCCAGCAAGCCCAUCCACCUCACUGCAUUUCUUGGAUACAAAGCUGGCAUGACCCACAUUGUCCGUGAAGUUGACAGACCUGGCUCCAAGGUCAACAAGAAAGAAGUUGUUGAGGCAGUUACUGUGGUGGAAACCCCUCCCAUGGUGAUUGUGGGGAUUGUCGGCUAUGUUGAAACUCCCCGUGGCCUUCGCACCUUCAAGACCAUCUUUGCCGAGCAUAUCAGCGAUGAGUGCAAGCGUCGGUUCUACAAGAACUGGCAUAAGUCCAAGAAGAAGGCCUUUACCAAGUACUGCAAGAAGUGGCAGGAUGAAGAAGGCAAGAAACAACUGGAGAAGGACUUCAACAGCAUGAAGAAGUACUGCCAGGUUAUCAGGGUCAUAGCUCACACUCAGAUGCGAAUGCUUCCACUUCGGCAAAAGAAGUCUCACUUGAUGGAAAUCCAGGUGAAUGGUGGCACUGUAGCUGAGAAGGUGGAUUGGGCUCGAGUGAAGCUGGAGCAGCAAGUGCCCGUGUCGACUGUCUUUGGCCAGGAUGAAAUGAUUGAUGUCAUUGGCGUCACAAAGGGCAAGGGGUACAAAGGUGUUACCAGCCGAUGGCACACCAAAAAACUGCCCCGUAAGACUCACAGGGGUCUGCGUAAAGUGGCUUGUAUUGGUGCUUGGCAUCCUGCUCGUGUGGCCUUCUCUGUGGCUCGAGCUGGUCAGAAGGGGUACCAUCACCGCACAGAAAUCAAUAAGAAGAUCUACAAGAUUGGCCAAGGAUACACAAUCAAGGAUGGCAAGCUGAUCAAAAACAAUGCUUCAACAGAGUAUGAUCAGUCUGACAAGAGUAUUAAUCCUCUGGGCGGAUUUGUCCAUUAUGGUGAAGUGACCAAUGAUUUUAUCAUGUUGAAAGGCUGUGUUGUUGGGACCAAGAAGAGAGUUCUCACUCUGCGCAAGUCCUUGCUUGUGCAGACCAAGCGUCGGGCCCUGGAGAAGAUUGACUUGAAAUUUAUUGACACCACUUCCAAAUUUGGUCAUGGCCGCUUCCAGACAGCUGAGGAGAAGAAGGUUUUCAUGGGACCACUCAAGAAAGAUCGCAUUGCCAAAGAAGAGACCGCUUAAUUUCUGGAAUGCUGUUCUGGCUUGUAGUCUUAUAAUAAAACUACAAAUAUCAAAUACA